AUGUCUGGUUCUGUGUCACCCCCUCCAGCUAAACGCCUUCUUUUGGGUGGAAAGUCCAGAAGUGGUGUUUUUUUAAAUUUAUUUUAGCAAUCAAUCCAGUGUUUGCAUGUCAUUUAACUGAAAAUACACACCGUGUCAUCUCCGCUCCGCUAUCGUCGCUGACAUCCGUCUGCAGGCUGCGAGACAGAGACGGUGCCUGUUUCCCCACCUCCAACGCCACCUCUGCCUCCUCCCCGCUCCUCCUCCCCCCUGCGGUGGUGGAGUCGGCCCUGUAGUCCGCGUCCGGGUUCGACGACAGCGGCCAGAAGUGCGGCGCUCCGCCCCAACGAACUGCUUUACCCAGAAGUCCCCGCGACGCCCCAACUUACAGAACUGGCUUCUUGGGUUUCGGGAGUGUUUCCCAUUUAAACAAACAGUGCCGAAGAUGGCGGAGAGUUAAUGGUGUAAAGAAGAAAUUAUCGAUCCGGCAGAGCGACACGUCCACAAGGUAAGCUCGUGCAGCGUGUUCUGCGAACAGAACCAGCUGAUUUCCACGCGACUUUGCGUUCGGUUUGCAUUUGGACAGAAGACGGAAACGUAGUGACUUCUGCGCUAAGCGACAGUGCACACACACACACACACACACACACACAAUAUUGGCGUCGCUACGGUGCGGAGGGCACAGUGCACGGUCAUUUAGUUACAUGACAGCGAAAGAUUCACUAACCUGCUCACCACGGCGAUGAAGUGCACGUGAGCUGUCCCGUUUUUGGUUGUGCACGCUUGUGCUGCAAAGAAAACGAAACGAACCCGAUUUCUUUUUUUUUGUGAUCAACUUAACUUGGAUCACGCAAAAAGCUCGCCAGUUUACGCACGAGCUGGUGGGAUCACAAGAAGUGUUUCCAGAUAGAUACGGAGCAUCUGGAAGUUUUUUUGGGGAGGGGGGGGGGGGCACACACAUUAACACGCGCGUAAACACACGCACACACACACAGCGUGAUUUACUCAUUUUCUCUCGCCCCGCCGCGAUAGUCUGUGGGAAACUGUCCAACAGCUGAUCCUGACGCUGUCGCAACAUGAGGGGGAAACAUUUACGAAAUGUUCGUUCAAUCAAAUGCAUGCAGACGCGAUCACCCGUGUGUCAUAUGCAGCAUGUUUAAACGAGGAUAUGGUGUAUUUUACUGGGGUUGUUACUACGAAACGUGCCAUGUGGGGAGAGACAGACGAUGCUGACUGUCUGUCAGUCAACCAGCCUGCCUGCUUCCCCGAGUCCCAACUGCUUAGCGAUCAAAAAAAAUGAAAGUGCACCGACUCUACUGUACGUCUCCAGUGUGCAAGUCGGCGCACUGAAUGGGGCAUGCGUUCUCUAUAAAUGUGUGAGGUGAAUGGUCGCCGUGCUCCUGUUAUCCUCUACUUAGGUCUCCUUCAUACGCCACUCAUGUCAUCUGCCUCAUCCUUAAUGCGUGUUGCUGUGUAUCUGCAGGGGGCAGCAACGUGGCUCUGUGCGCAUACUCACACACACACACACACACACACACACACACGCUGUUCUGUAACCCUGAAGGCAUCCACGGCUCGAGCCAGGGUGGCGUGUGCAUGUAGAAAGCAGCGCGUCCUUGAGCGUGACACAAGGGCCGCCCUUACAAUACCUGCUGGCACUGGAUAAUAGCAGGCUGCUCUUCAGUGUGUGUAAACAGUGUUUGAAUGGAAGCGAUGCAGAUGGGUUGUGUGUGUGUGUGUGUGUGUGUGUGUGUGUGUGUGUGUGGACAGGUGAGGUUGAGUUAAUUACACACAGGUUAGUGUGUAAAUUUAGAUUUGUUUGCUUUCUGGCUGAAUUAGGCUGCAACUACUGAUUAUUUUCAUGAUCUAUUAACCUGUCAUCUUUUUUCAUCUUUUGAAAUGUGAUAAAAAAAUGUCCAUCCCAGUCUCCCAGAGUCCAAGUUUGACAUCUUUAAAUGUCGUAUUUUGUCCGACCAUCAGUAUAAAAUCCAGAGAGAUCAGGUUUAGAGUGAUAUAAAAAGAGAAACGCAGCAAAUGCUCACGUCGGAAAAGCUGCAACAAGAGAAUGGUCAAAGUUUUUGAUUGAUAAAUGACAUUAUUAAACACCUUCUUCGUGUCCGAAAAUGACCCCCCAAAACGGUUACUCUUCUAUUUUCUUCUGAAAAAUGUACAAUCAAAAAGUCAGUAUUAGCCAAUGGAGAUGAAGCAAAUCUACAGUCUUUUAUGACUUUGUCGUCUAAUCGAUUUGCUGAUCACAGAUCCGUGAAAGUGAAUUUCUCCAAAAAAAGAAUCGCACAAAAGCACCACUCUUAAUCUUGUGUUUACCAGAGAUGUGUUCAUAAGAUUCUUGGAAAUAAAUCAUUGUGCAUGAAAGAAAAGCAUAACAAAUGACUAUUCAACUAAGAAGAGGCAGUUUAGCUUAUUAUUUUUAUUUUGUUGUAUGAACUCCUAUUUCAAAAUGUUAUGACAGUAAUAUGGGGUUCUUGUCUCACUGUUGUUUCUGCUUUUAAUCAAUUUUUAUAUUGUCAGCUCCUGAGUGAGGACUGCUGCUGUUUAUGGGAUUAAACAAUUCAUCUAUUUUCAAAAUGAUUGACGAUUACAUUUUCUGACUAUUCGUUUAAUCGACUAACCGCUCCAGCUCUACGGCUGAGUCGUCCGUCUGCCUCCCGUGUGUAAGGGACCGGUGAUGAGGCGCCCUCGCCUUGUUCCAUGGCAACCCUCUCCUGACAUAUUUACAGUCAACUCUGGCCCGAGUCUCUCUGCACACGUGCGGACCGACACGCGCCUACAACCUGCUCGCGAGGAGAGGGGUGCGCACACACGGCAGGAGAGUGACUUCAUCCUCUGCUCAGCUGGAUGGAAACGCGUCGUCCUUGAGGAGAAAGUCAGCUACAGGUGGAAAGAGGCUACUCAUCUCGUGACGUCUACUCCAUUGACCAGCUCACAUAGGACCAUAGAACCCCCCCCCCCCCCCCCAGCGAGAGGUGAGAGGGGAUCUGAUCGUCCAUCAUCUCGGGCGCCGUCACAAGGUGCUGAUAUGUGUACACGAUGAGCGGAUUGGGGGAGAACUCCAUGGAGCCUCUGAGCUCAGAAAACCGGAAACGCAAGCUCUCCACUUGUGACACGCCUGGUCUGGGGUGUGAGAGGAAGCGACGGGAGCAGGAGAGUAAAUACAUCGAGGAGCUGGCGGAGCUGAUCUCCGCCAACCUCGGCGACAUCGACAGCUUCAACGUCAAACCCGACAAAUGUGCCAUCCUCAAAGAGACGGUGCGGCAGAUCCGCCAGAUCAAAGAGCAGGGGAAAGCUUCAUCCAACGACGACGACGUCCAGAAGUCAGACGUGUCCUCGACAGGUCAGGGGGUCAUCGACAAGGACCACCUGGGGCCGCUCCUCCUGCAGGCUCUAGACGGCUUCCUGUUUGUGGUGAACCGGGAGGGCAGCAUCGUCUUUGUGUCGGACAACGUGACGCAGUACCUGCAGUACAAACAGGAGGAGCUCAUCAAUACCAGCGUGUACAAUAUUCUCCAUGAGGACGACAGGGAGGAGUUCCACAAGAACCUGCCCAAGACCAACAUAAAUGGAGUGUCGUGGGGGAGCGAGGCAGCCCGACAGAAGAGUCACACCUUCACUUGCCGGAUGCUGGUCAAGUUUGGCCACGCUCACGGCCCCAUGGAGGAGGGGCCAGGAGGGCCACGUUAUGAGACCAUGCAGUGUUUUGCUCUCACCCAGCCCAAAGCCAUGAUCGAGGAGGGGGAAGACCUUCAGUCAUGUAUGAUCUGUGUGGCCCGUCGGGUGACAGCCAUGGAGAGAACGGAGAGUUUCAAUACCCGGCAUGAGCUGUCAGGUAAACUGAUCCAGAUCGACCAGAACUCUCUGCGAGCGUCAAUGCGUCCGGGCUGGGAGGACUUGUUGAGGCGUUGCAUUCAGAUGUUCCUUCAGCACAGUGACGGGCAGCCCUGGUCGCACAAACGCCACUACCACGAGGCCUUCCUGCAGGGUCACGCUGAGACACCCUUGUACCGCUUCUCCCUGUCCGACGGCACUCCAGUCACGGCACAGACCAAGAGCAAACUGUACCGCCACCCCAUGAGCAACGAGCCGCAAGGCUUCAUCUCCACUCAUCUACUCCAGAGGGAACCAAACGGCUACCGCUCAGCUCAGGGUGGGAGCAUGAUGCCGAACACUAUGAGACAACAGGGCAUGGGAGUCCCCAACCCGAAUGCCCAAAUGAAUAUGAACACCGGAGGGGGGAUGGGCAUGGGUGGCAUGGGCAACAUGAGCAGGGGCUAUGGCAUGAGCGAGCAGGGCCAUUUGGGUCACACGGGUCCGAUGGCAGGCGGCUCUAUGUACGGUGGGAGCGGGGGAGGAGGAAGUGGAGGUGGAGGCAUGGGCAACCGCAUGAUGCAGAUGGGGCAGAUGAAUCAGAUGGGUCCCAUGAAUCACCCGGGCCAAGGCAUGUCGCAGCACCCGCAGCAGCACCCACAGCAGCACCCGCAGCAGCACCCGCAGCAGCACCCGCAGCAGCACCCGCAGCAGCAUCCGCAGCAGCACCCACAGCAGCCCCCUUUUCAGAGCAGCGGAGGGUUUGGGCUGAGUGGCAUGAACAGCCCGUCAGGGAGCCCCAGAAUGGGUGGCCCCCAGCAGGGACUCCUGAUGUCACCCCGGAACAGAGGGAGCCCAAAGAUGGGCGCCAACCAGUUCUCACCCGGAGGCAUUCACUCUCCCAUGAGUGGCAUUGUCAGUGGUGGAGGAAGUGGGGGAAGCACCACCACCUUCUCCAGCAGCUCCCUAAACGCCCUGCAAGCGAUCAGUGAAGGAGUAGGGAGCUCCCUCCCCUCAACGCUAACGUCGCCCUCGCCAGCCCACAAACCUGACAGCUCUCCCAGCAUCCACUCCUCCUCCUCUUCCUCUCAGCCCAGUCAGCCGACCAAACCAGGACAAGAUGGCUCUAAAAGCCCAGCGGGAGGCUUAGGGCCUGGGCCCGGUGACCAUCACCACCCCAUGCACCAUCACCACCAUCAUCAGCAUCCGCAGGCUGAGAGUUCAGGAGAUCGACCAGACAGCCAGGCAGCUACGGCAACAAAAGAGACUGGAGAGGGAAGCAAUGAGGCUGGGGUGACGAACUCUGAACCUCCUCGGAGGGUGCCAGACAGUAAGGGGCAUAAGAAGUUGCUGCAGUUGCUGACUUCCCCAACUGAGGAGCUGGGAAUAGGUGGCAGCGGGUCAUCAGGGCCCCCUGUGCCACCCCCACCCACCAGCAGCAGCACUCCUGCAGGCUCAGACACUAAGGACCCCACUGGAGGCAUGACAAGCCCCUCGUCUACCGGCGUGUCCUCCUCUUCCUCAGCCGGUGCCAAUCCGGGCCAGGCUACUGGUCCGGGGGGCGUGUCAACAUCGAUAUCGUCAGCCCACUACACGGGCUCGCUGCAGGAAAAGCACAAGAUCCUCCACAAGCUUCUUCAAAAUGGAAAUACCCCAGAUGACGUAGCUAAGAUCACAGCAGAGGCUACAGGAAAGGUGACACUCGGGGGCCAGGAGGGCGGUGAGGCCGGGACAGGGGGAUCAGGCGCCGGUAUCGGGCCGGGGUUGGUCGCGGAGCCCAAGCAGGAGCAGCAUAGUCCCAAAAAGGAGAAGACCCACGCCCUCCUCCACUACCUCCUCAACAAGGAUGAUUCCAAAGAGCCAGUGGAUGUCAAGCCGAAGCUGGAAGAGCUAGAUGGGAAGGGAGCCACCGGGGCCGCUGGCGGUCCAGCUCGGGGCGGCCCCGGAUCUGGACCCGGCCCUGCAGCCGAACAUCCUGAGAGCAAGAUCAAGUCAGAGCCACCUGAUGAUCUGCACAACCUGGAGUCUAUCCUCGGAGAUUUGAGGGGUUCAAGCUCUGACUUUUACCCGGAUCAGGCCGGAGGGGGAGGGGCUGGCGACACAGGAAGCAAACCCCAGGGUUGCCUUGACGACAGCCUGCAGGGGAGUCCAGGAAUCGGUCCGGGGCCUCGGGGGCCCUUCCAGAGGGCCUUGUCCAUGGACGGGAAGCCUCCUGUUGGGCCCGUAGGAACAGGUAGACGCCCCAUGCUUAUCAAGCAGGAGAACAUGAUGGGCAGCCCAGACGGAUACCCAGGAAACAUGGGACCAAUGAACAGGGGCAUGGUUCCCCAGAGGUCUCCCAUGGGUGGGUCAGGGGACUGGGGCAUGAACCGCUCCAGUGCCAGCCCAGUGGGCUCGGCGGGACACCCCUCCAUGAUGCGCCAAGGCAUGGAGUACAACAAUAGCAAGGGCAUGAUGUCGGGACCUAUGGUCGGCCGCUCCAACAGCGUACCGGGCACCAGGUCUAUGCUGCAGCAACAGCUCAUGGAUAUGGGAGGCUCUGCUGACAUGGGCAUGGGUAUGAGCCCCUUCAGCCAGCAGGGCCAGUCCAACCAGUCCCCCUCCUGGCCGGACACUAUAAUGGGCAUGGAGGGUAACAGGCGUCAGUUUGGCAACACCUUAGAUGAUCUUCUGGUGCCUCCCACCACCAGCGAGGGUCAGAGCGACGAGCGGGCGCUUCUGGACCAGCUGGACUCUCUGCUGAAUAACACGGAUGGCAUCGCUCUGGAGGAGAUAGACCGAGCCCUGGGCAUCCCAGACCUCGUCAGCCAGAACCAGGGAAGCGAGCAGCAGAUGGAGCAAUUUCCAGGACAGGACCCGUCCAUGGUGCUGGACCAGAAGCCUAUCUACGGACAGGGCUACCCCGGACCCCCCUCCAUGCCAUUGCAGUCUGGCUAUGGAGGGAACCCCAUGCAGGGGCAGGCCCAGCAAGGGGGGUUUGGGCCCAUGCUGUCUCAGAUGGGCCAAGGCGGCAGCUUCCCCGGUAUGGGCGGCAUGGGUCACCCUCGUGCCAACAUGAUGAGACCCAGGAUGAUAACCGCCAACAAACCCAUGAGGCUCCAGCUGCAGCAGAGGCUGCAGGGACAGCAGUUCAUGAAUCAGACGCGGCAGGGCAUGGGCAUGAAGAUGGAGAGCCCAGGAGGCAACCCUGGCAUGAGGCCCGGCAUGCAGCCUGGCAUGGGAGGACAGCCGGGCUUCCUCAAUGCUCAGAUGAUGGCUCAGCGCAGCAGGGAGAUGGUCACCAUGCAGAUGAGGAGGCAGCGCAUGAUGAUGCUAAUGCAGCAGCAGCAGCAGCAGCAGCAGGCGGCGGCGGCCGCUGCUGCUGCAGGAGGAUUCAGUCCCCCUCCAAACGUCACGGCUCCUGGUGGCAUGGAGAACCCUAUGGGGGGGCCAAGCAUGGGCCAGCCGGGCCCCCAGCAGUUCGGCUAUGGUGGGAACUAUGGGAUGGCACAGCAGGGAGACCCCUCGUUCGGACCAUCAGGCGGCAGUCCUCCUGGCACCAUGAUGCCCGGCCGACUUGGGCCUCAAAAUCCCAUGAUGCAACAGCACCCGCAGAGCGGUCCCAUGUACCAGGGGGCAGAUAUGAAGGGCUGGUCGCAGGGAGGCAUGGGACGCAACAGUUCGUACCCUCCGCAGCAGUUUGGGCAGCAGGGACCACCGGGGCAGCAGCAGUUCGGGCAGCAGGGGAAUCCUGGCCAGUAUGGGGGCAUGAUGAUAAACGGGGGCAUGCCAGCCAGCGGAGGAGGAGGUCACAUGGGCCAGAUGGGCGGGCAGAUGGGUAUUAACCCAAUGGUGAUGGGACGCAUGCAGAUGGGGCCUGAUCAGAAAUACUGCUAAACAUCGUGACAGAAGCAUUUGUCUCACUGUGAUCUCCGUUCAGAGAGAGGACCCGGCUGCAGCACUGGAGUGUGUGUGGAGGACCAGGCGGCGUGUUGUCUAUGUGUAGUGCUGCACUCCCCCCAGAUGGGGGAGUCGACUUCCUUUGGACUCACUGCCAGUGUUGGCAGUCUGGCGACCUGGGGAAAACAGACAGACUGUCGCACACAAACAUGAAAACACAGCGUUCAUCAAAAUCAGAAACACUGUGACACAUUUUACACACACAUAAAUCCCUCAGACAGUGAGAUAGACAGCUCUGUGAUUCCUCUCGUAGACUGUAGUUUAAUGUUCCUCUCUUUAUGAGCAAUGUGUGUGUGUGUGUGUGUGUCUCAAUCACACACAGCUCGCUGGACCAAAUGGCGAAGGUGGACAGACACUCGAGUAGAUCACAGACUUGGACGAACGUGUGAAGACAUCCUCUCCUCUGUCGAAUGUACCAUGAAGCUGUGUUCAGAUUUAAAAUGUGGGAUUCCUCUUUUGUUUCUGAACUUGGUGGGAUUUUCCUUUUUAUCCGUCGGCCCUCUGCUGCUCCUGGAGGAUCUCUGCGUAUGUAAAGUAAACGCCAUCCGAUUGUGACACUCAGAUGAAUGUCGUUAAGCAGUAGCACAUUGUUUCCUCCUCCAGGACGCCGCUGGGCUGAAGUACGAUGGAAUUACUUGUUGGCUGAUUGCACUUUAAGGAAAGGCCAACAUCAAAAGGAUUGUGGCAAUAUAGAGGCCUUUACCCAAGAAUUAAUCCAUAGCAGCAGUUGUUUAUUUUAGUUUAUUUGUGUGUGUGUGUGUGUGUGUGUGUGUGUGUGUGUGUGUGUGUGUUCUCCAACUUUUCCUCUCUGGGUAAUGUUGGCUGUUAAUUAGAAAUGGGUGAUGAUCUUUGUUCUAAAGUGGGAACCAGUAGAAAGGCGGUAAGCACAGAUUUUAUCCGACGCUCUCUCGUCUCCAGCGGUACUUAUUUACAACAACAAGAGAAACGAACCGUUUUUAAAGUGAUUUAUUGAUGUUCAAAACUCCACUUAUAUUUAUACAGAUUCAUUAACAUGAUGGUUUUAUCAUUCCAGAGGUCAUUUUUAAAUCCCAAUGUUGUAGAUAUGUUUGGUUACCUCGAACCAAUUUACAGUGUUGGCUACAAGUGCAGAAAUAGAACUGAUUGCCAACUAUGACAUUACGUCUCUAUAUUAGCUCCCACUGUAAGAGAAAGUGGAUGUUAGAUUUCUAGCAAUAAUCAUUCCUCCCGGUUUUCCGCUGAGGACGAAGCUGAAGUAUCAUUGACUCAAAGCGACGGCACUGCAGUAUUAGACUUUGUCUUUAUUUUCUUUCUUUUGUUUGUUUGUGAAUAUGAAUUGUAAAUACGCUUCAAAUGUACUAUAUAUAAAUAUAUAUAUGCUUUUGUAGGUCACAUACUGUUUUUGCACAGAUUGUAAGGCUUGAUAUUUAAAAGUGUAAUUUUCUUAAUUCCUCAUAGGUCAGCUUUUAUUUUCAAUACUUUAACCAUCGGUUGGAAAGGAAGGGCCUCCUUUUUGUAAGCAGUACGUGUAGAUUUUAUUUCCUAAUGUAGCUUUCUCCUCUCAGAAAGCACCCUUUAUUUUCCGAGAACAUAGUCUUAGCUAAAGAGGUGCUAGUGUGUCAUUUUUUGUUUUCUAAAUAAAUUAUUUUUCUUGUGACAAAAAAAAGAGAAACCACAUGAAUUGCCUGGACAAAAAGAGUUGACACAUGAUUGUGUUAGGCUUCUAGGGGCCCAGAUGUCUUACCAGUAUGUGGGGUUGAUGUUUUCUGAAGCGAACCUCAUGCUUCCAUGUGCCACUUAUAAGUUUCACUCCUGAGAUUUCUGUGCUUUUGGCAUUUCGCAGAUAUAAUCGUUUGGCCUCAGAUGCGAGACUUUUGGAAAUCGACCCCACCGUAUAACUGUCCAUAAGUCCUUUUGGUUCGUUCAGACGGUUAAUCCUGAUGGAAGCCACACAUGAUGUAGUUUGAUCCCUAAUUACCUGUCAACCUUCUUUUUCUUUUACAUUCAAGUUUGCCUUUAUUUUCAUUGUAUUUCCUGUGAAGCUUUUGUUGAAAAAUCUACCUUUGAACACAUGCUCAAUCCAAAGAUUUUUGUUUGCCAUUCUGCAGUGCUUAGAAACAUGUUCCUGAUGUAGAUCGUGCAAGUACUCAUGUGUGCUUUUACUGUCGCACAUAACCUAUAAUAUACAUUGAACUAUAUAUGUUUAGUUGCAUAUAUUAUAUCCCUAUCCGUCUGACAUAGAGUAGAGACGAGUCUGGUUCUGCUGAGGUGGUUUGAGUUUUUGUUUGUGAUUGUUUCUUCCUUUCUGUAGAACUUAUGGCCAGUUGAAUUGUGGUGCUGCAAAUGGAAUGUUGAGAUUUUCUAAGCUACAAAGGAGGUUUCAUGAUUGAUGUCAUUAUGUCUCAGAAGAAUAGCCUGGAGUUGUUUUGUUCUUUUUAACCCCAGUCUCAAUGAAGAAUAUGAAAUCUACAAAUAUAAAAAAAAAAAAAAAAAAAAUGUCUGUGUUUUGCUUUAAAGGAAAGAAACUCCUCUCAGUGUGUCUUUGGAGCUAAAGAAAAGAGAAAGCACAUCUGGGAAACAUUAUUAUUACAGGAUGUAAAAUACUAUUGCAUUUUUUUCUUACCUUGUUUCUUGAUGUUAAUAUCGAUGUAAAUACAAAAUUUAUAUUUAAACAUUA